AUGGCCCCUCCUACUCCCACCUCUAACCCUUUCGCCGCCAUGAGGAACUUUGGUGGUAUGGUGUCGUCUGCUCUUUCCUUCGGCGACAGAUCUCGCCAAGUCUCCUCCCUCGGCCUCGGCACCCUCUCUUUGGGGGAGCCGUCUGGCGAUGUCCCGCCUCCUCGCUCCGCUUCUCCUCCCGCCGGUCCUCCCGCUGGUUCUCCCUCUGCUUCUCCUCCUCCUGGUCCUCGCUCUGCUUCCCCUCCUGCCGCCAGUCCUCGCCGCAGGACGCCCGCCUUUCGUCCUGACUUCGAAGGAAAAGGGGGUGAUUAUAGUGAUGAGGAUGAUAGAAUCGUGUCGGAGGGUGAAACCGAGUUAGAGGAACACUCGGAUGAUGAUAUGGUGGCGGUUAGUGUAGAGGACAACAACGUAGAUAGUCCUGAGCCCGCUCCUGCCCCUCCCCCUGCUCAAAUUGUGGGCCAGAAACGACGCCGUUCCCUCUCCUCUUCUUCUUCUUCCUCUUCUUCUUCUUCCUCUUCUUCUUCCUCUUCCGGGGUUCUCCCCCCCCCCAACGCCAUCGCCGCUGCCGCCGCUGCUGCCGCUGCUGCCGCCGCCGCCGCCGCCGCCGGUCCUGCUGCCGCCGCCCCCGUCGCUGCUCCCCCCCCUUCUCCCAGAGGGGAGCCUUCGCCCAAACGGGUGAAGAGAUCACUGCGGGAAGAAGAGUACUUGUGGGAGAAGAUGAAGUCCGAGCCUGGUCGUUGGAUCGCGGUUGGUGUUGACGAAGCGUGUGAUCGUUGCCGACGUGAGAUUAUCACGUAUAAUCGUCCAAACUGGCCCUGCCUCAAGGCAGUCAGGCCACACAACAAGGCCCUCCGUUGUGCUUCAUGCACGUCUGGCCCCUGCUCCUUCUGUCCCGUUUCCUCUGCCCGGGACAUCCCGCCCCGUCCCUUCGACGCUUCUCCUCUCCCCCCUCCCCAGACUCCAGCGUCUGUCCCCCGGUCGCGGGUACCUCCUUCGUCUCUCCGGUCGGUUCGCCGUACUUCGCCGGACCUCCGCCCGUCGCCUCCGUCGCCGUCGCCCUUCGCCCCUGUGGCCGGCCCAUCACGUCUCCCGGCUGUUCCUCCUUCGUCUUCUCGCCGUCCUUCGGCCUCUGCUCCUUCGGCCUCCCGUCCUUCGGCCUCUCGUCCUUCGGCGCCACAUCCGUCCUCUCCAGUGGUAGCUUCUCCUCCGGCUCACAGCACCCGAAGUCGGCGUCCUUCUGUUCCUCUGGCCACUUCGGCGGCCCCUCCCGUCACCCCUCCCUCUGCUUCCCAGAAGACACCGAAGUCUUCUUUAAAGAAAUCAAAAGGGAAAUCUAAAGAGAAGGAGGUUGCCUUCAAUGAUGGCGAUGUGGAAAAUGAAGAUACUCAGCGUGCUGGUCCCUCUGCUCCCCGGUUGUCCCUCGUCCACCCUCGUAUCUCCCUGGACGUCCGUAUUCCUGAGGACGAAAAGGAAUUCGCCACUUAUCGUUCUCUCGUCCUCGGUCUCACUACUCAGCUUGAGGCCGCCCGAAAUGAUACAUCUCUCCUGCUUGACUUCUCUUCUCGUCAAGCUAACGCUUUAAACAAUCUCACUGCGGCGUUAGUAGAUGUAGUCAACACUGGGGCUCUGGACGACGAAGCAAGGACAAGGUUAGCGGACGUCUCUCGCCGAAGCCUUACUGAGAUAGCCGAUGUUCGCCGAAGACUGUUCGACACCCCCUUCCUAGUCACUCCUAUGGCGUAUGAGCCACCACCGUCCCUUGACUGGUUAGGUCGUCGUAGUAGUUCUCGUGUCCCAGCUUCCGCCCAGACUGCUCUCGACCUCCUCAGUCUUCCCUUCGAGUGUCUACGGACCAUACGUUCUCUGUGGAGGACCCCGAGCAUGCAAGCUGCUCGAGAUGUCCAGGACUUCGGUGACUUCUUUGGGGCUAUGAAUCGGGCAUGGAAUGCUUCUCUCUCUACUGCGUUCCCGUCUGAGACUCUCGAUCUACCUUCGGUCAUCGGUAGCCUCCACACCAAUCCCGCGGGACCGAGUAGAUCGAAGGAGAAAGGAAAAGGAAAAGGUAAGGGUAAGAGUAAGGACAACCCUUCGCAGUCGCCCUUCCUUCGGCUUAGUAGGGUGAAGUUCGUGGAACUUCGCCAAUAUGUCGUCAGCUCCAUCGACGUUCUCCACUGGUUCCCAUGA